AUGACCACCGCCCAAGCACCACCCCCCGCUGCGCUACCAUCCUUUGACAAGAUCAAGAUGGAUGAGCGCAAGCGAUCUUUGGCGGCGGUCGAGGCUGACGACCUGGCGCCGCGGCCAAAGCGAGUGGUCAAGGAUGAGAACGGGCAGGCUAUGCGCAUGGACGCUGAGAAAGAGCGCGAUGUCGAGAACUUCCAAAAGGACGCCAUCAUGCGACAGAUGAAGGACUACAAGCGACAGCGCAACUCACUCGACGAGCAGCUGAGCGAAGCCCGCGCCAAGGCCCGCUUCCACGACGACCACCUCCGCAUCCUCGACGCCUGGUUCUCACAGGUUCUGGACGAGCUUCGAGUCCUGGCUCGCCGAUUACUCCCCACCCCACUGCACAGCGCCGCCUCAACAGCCGGAGAAGAACUCUAUGGCUCCGCCCUCCUAUUCGAGACAAGCGAAUUGUUCAGUGAACAUUUAUCAGGCCGAGCGCAGAAUAUCAAAAACACCAUCGCAGAACUAUUCGGCUCUUUACCAGCAUCUACACCUGAAACUGAGGAACUACGAAUACAACUCAACGACACCAUGGCCAAGCAGAAAGAACAGACCAUUGAACUACGUCGGGCCCUGGACGAACAAGAAUCUCUGGGUAGUAAAUGGCAAGCCGCUGUAGAGCGCUACAUGACUGCGGAAAAGAAGCUCGACCGUGCCAAGAGCCAGCAGGUGCUGAAGCUGGAGCGACAAGCCAUCAUGGGUAGCAAUGGCGAGUCUGCGUCACCCACGGCUGUCAAGAAGGCCGGCACACCAGUGAAAAGCGACCUCGCAGAAGUCAACGGCGAGCUUACAAACGGGAUCUCCCACCAAGAGGCUGAGGCAGCAAGACAAGAAGCUCUGGCUGUGGCUGAGAGGCAGAGAAGACAAACGGUGGAUAUCGAAGCAGACAACGACCGCCUCACUAAUGCGUUGAGUGCCUCGCGGACUAAAUUGGCCAGCCUGACGGACGACGAUUAUGCCGAAACGGCCCUUUUCAAGACUUUGAGAUCGAAACAUGAUGAUGCUGUCAAGCGGGUCAAUGAUCUGGAGGUUACUAAUGUGCAACUGCGUGAGGAAGCACAGAAGUUACAGACCGAGAGGACGGCAUAUCGAAGACACCUGGACGAUGAGAGUCGGGAAUCUAUCAGCGAGUCCGAGGCGCAGAUCGCAAGGGCAGAGACCGAUCUUGCACGAAUUCGAAACAAUCGUGACGAGCUAGCGGCAGAGCUGGAGAUUCGAAAACGAGCUGAGGAUACUCGACGAACGUCAGCCGACCAAGCACGACAACUGGCUGAAGCACGCGAUCACAAAAUCACAGCCAUGCAGUCGGAGGUCGAGCGUCUACAGCUGAAACUCGGCGAGAUCGCACCUUCGGACGUGGAUGAGAGCAUGGAAGAUCUAGACCACGGCACUCUCAAAACCAAGCUCCGAACCGUGGAAGGCCAAUUCAGCAUGCUCAGCAACGAACUCUCCUCCAUGGAAGCCGCCUGGCGCAAAUCCUCCGCAAUAGCCUCCCAAAAAAUCGCUGACACCACCACGCAAGAAGAACUGAUCUCUCGCCUGCAAGCCGAAAAAGCUAAAGCGGACCAGAAGUACUUCGCCGCGAUGAAAGCCAAAGACAUGAAGGAAGGCGAACUCCGCUCCUUACGAGCCCAGAACAACCGCUCCUCGGAAAUCGUGACCCAACUCAAAGACACCGAUGGCAAAACCCGCGAGCUCGUCUCGAACCUCGAGCGGCAACUCUCCGAAAGCAAGGAAGCGUUAUCGAAACUCGACACACAGCAUCGAACCCUCGAUCAGCAAAUCAAAGAAGCGCACCUGGAAAGUGAAAGGUUGAGGAAGCAAGGGGACGAAUUAAGGGUGUUGACGGCGAGUAAAGAGAAGGAGGCCCUCGCGGACGCUAAAGCUAAGCGCGAGGCGGAGGUUGAGUUGGAGAAGUGUCAGAUUCGGCUUGAGGAGUUGCGGAGGCAGGUCGAGGGGUUGAAGAGGGGGCGGGCGGCGGAGAAUAGUGCUAGUAGUGAUGAUUGGCGGGUGAGUCUCUCCAUCUCCCACACGCACACACACCCACGACGUUCUAACUGA